UGCUUCAGUUUCACCAUUUGUCAGUUUCAACCCAACCAGUUGGCAGAGCGUUUCAAAAUGAUUGUGAAACAAACACUAUUCAUCACACUUUUAUCAUUUUACCUGGCACUUCUCAGCGAUUCCCAACAAAUUCUCGAAAAAAAGAAAGUGGUCGUCGACAUAGACAAAUCGCUCACCAAAUACCUGGUGAAAUUUUACAAACACCGUCUCGUCGAAGGACAAAACAACGCCAUAUCUCCGCUGCUAGAUCUGUACGCGCUGGUGCUGCUGUACAAAGUGUCGGAUGCUUCGGCCAAAACGGACCUUCACACCCUGCUGGGCAUUCCGGAGGGCGCCGAGGAUGGGACGAUGGACAAGUUUGAGGCCAAAAUUAGGCUGUAUCUUGAGCAAAGUGGGGGAAAUUCUGUUUUUGGAACGCAAUUGUUCGUCGAUUCGAGAAUCAAAGGUGUUACAAAGGAGUUGCAGGAUAAAAAGUUCUUCACAUCUUCACUGAUUAACUUUAGUCGGAAGGCAGAAUUUCAGCAAAAGAUCAACAGUUGGAUGACGAGCUUGGGAGUUCCAAACAAGCAUCCCUUUGUGCACAACUUCAACUUUGAUGACAAAACAGUUUCACUUAUCUUGGAAGUGAUGGCAGUUCGCUGGAAGCUUCCAUUGGCACUUUCAACUACUUCAAAGGCAUUUCUUGGAGAACAGGUCAAGCAUUUGGAGGGAACACUCGAAGCUCGUUACGCCAAAAUUGACAAGUUGGGAAUUCAAGUCCUGGAACAGCUACCUAGCGAUUCAGGUCUGAAAUUGUGGCUAAUUCUUCCAAAUUCGAUGGUUACCUUCAUCAAUAAAACGGUUGGAGAAGACACUCUUAAUGAAAUUGCUAAAAGUCUACGAAACAAGCAGCAAUAUGUGACAAUUUCGGUUCCUCAAAUUGAAAUUGAGUUCAACUCUGAGGAAAACGCGUUUCUCCAGAACAAUUUCCACGUGCUUUCGUCAAUGUUCAGCUCUCCUUCAAUCAGGUUGGAACUCGACAAGAAGGAAAAGCAUCCCAUUCAGGGAUUCCUUAUGCACUGUAUGUUCCAGUUUGUCGAAGACAAUUCGGCUAAAGUUUCUCAACAAGCAACUUUGGCUGUAAACUUCGAUAAACCUUUCACUGUGAUGGCGCUGACCACGGACACCAACAUUCCUCUGCUGAUGGCAAACUACUUUUCCGUAAGGGAUAAAAUGCUUACCAUGGAAGAUGAAGAGCAAAGUUUAGCUGAACAAGUUGCUAAAGAAGAACUUGGGAAUCGUGAAGAUCUUUAAUUGUUUUCAAGAGUGUACCGUUGUUCAAAAUUCUUUACUUAAUUUUACGACGAAAUUCAACUCUGGCAGCACUGCUCCACAGCAUAAAGUUCCGUCACGCGUCCAGCCAUAAAAAAAAACUCAAAUGACAUAAUAAAAUU